UCUCCUCUGCCUCGACCUCAACUAAAUUUAAUCUUUGCCGUAACUCCAUCCCGUCAUCAACUCCCGCGUAACAGUAACUGCUGGUUUGGUUCCGCUACCGCGAUGAUCCCGUGCUCUUGACCUGUUCUGUUCUCGUUUGCGUUAGGGGGUACUGUGGCAGAAGGGGAAAGAGAAAUUUCUCGAGCGUCUCGAAUCGCUCUCGCUCACCACUUUUGAGUCAGCAAAUGGAGGGGGCAUGCAAGGAAUGCAAAAGCUGGGAGGAGGAGAUCUACUGGACCCAUUUCCAUUCCAUCCAUUUCUGCCAGUUCCUUCAGGGUGACUUUCAUCAGCAGCUUGCUAUACCCAAAAAAUUUGCCGAGAAUCUGAGAAGCAAGUUACCUGAAAAUGUGGUUUUAAAGGGUCCUAGCGGCGCGACAUGGAAAGUUGGCACCGUGGCUGAUGAUGAAAACUUGCUUUUCAAACACGGUUGGCAAGAUUUCGUGAAAGAUCAUGCACUGGAGAAGAAUGAUAUUUUGGUAUUCAGGUACAACGGAGAGUCCUCUUUUAAUGUCUUAGUGUUCAACCAACACAGUUUGUGUGAGAAGGAGGCUGCGUAUUUCCACAAAAGAUGCAGCCACAAUCCGGCGGACAGAGAGUGCGGUACGAAGCGAAAACUCGGGGAUUCUUCAGUCGAGGCUAUGCAUACUCCCGUGUCUCAUGAUGUGAAACGAACUCUUACUGAGGAUCCUCGGGAGGACAGGACUGUGACAGUAGCUGAUCGCAACAUAUUAUCUCAAGCCAAAGCUUCUGAAAACUUGAUCGAGGCGGGUGCUUCAGGGAAGCCACGUAAUAAGAAGGCUACCCCAAAAAAGAAACUGUCUGUCGCUUUUGAAUGUCUGGAGGAAAAACCAGAUUCAACACCAAAGUCCCUGUUUAUCGGUUCACGGGGCUCUCCAGUUUAUGUAUCCAACAGAAGACCUGUCACAGAAGAGGAGGAAUCCUCUGCCUUCAAGCUUGCGCGGGCUGCAGCAUCAAGCGAUAGCUUCCUGGUAGUUAUGCGACCCACGCAUGUAUACAAGAGAUUUUAUUUGUCAAUUCCUACUGAUUGGGCAACAACGCAUAUGGAUCGCCGCAACCAGGAUGUGAUUCUUCGUGUUGGUGAGGGCACAUGGCAUGCCCGGUACAGGCUCACAGGCCGUGGGAGUGGGGGGCUGUCUUCUGGAUGGAAGAACUUCACUUUGGAGAACAACUUGGAGCAGUCUGAUGUGUGCGUUUUCAAUCUCGCAGACAGCAUCAGUAAGAACAUCAUCCUGGACGUCACCAUCUUCCGUGUGGUUGAGGAUAUAGUCCCUCCAACCCUGGUGAAUUCUUUCUCUGUCUAGAGGCCAUUGAAAGCUAUCUUAAAAUGGUCUAGUCAAACAGUGCAAAGUCUUCCCCAUAACUUUUUAGCCUGUGGUGGCCAUGGUUGAAUCCAGAGCCGUUUGGCAUUUUGGCUACUCUUGGGCAAUGGACAAUGUCUUCUUAUCGUGCUUUCUUUUUAUCGUGAACAGUGGUCAACUCGGUGAAGGAAGUAUGUAAUAUAUAUAACAUCGAACUCAAUGUGUGCUAGUUCAUGGUGUUUCAGUAAAGCAAAUUCUGUUCGACCUAAAA